GCUGUCCUUGCCUCAAUUGUUCCCUUGCCAGAACAUCCUCUCAUCGUCUAUUCGAUCUUUGCUUGCAGACCCGCCACAUCUGAUCCCCUUGAGCAGCUGGAAGUUGCAAGGCGGACCGUCUUACUCAAGAACAAAGGCCAAGCAAUUGUGGACUCUCUUCUGCCGGCCGUCCAUGUUUCCAAGGACUCGGCGGCCCUUUACGUGUUCGCCCUGGGGUCUACUGCGUGUACCUGUGACGUACAUGGUGUACUCUCAAGGCUAGAGUUCGAGACGUUGACAUUGACAGCAUCAUCCUCGUUCACUCCCUCUGCCAUAUAUCCCUGUUCCGCCUCCUGCUCAGCUCAAGCAACUCCAUGUGAGCGCUGCUUGGACCCCGGUCCGACGGCACAUCAGACUACACCGGUACCUUUGCUUCCCCGGAUACCGCUACGUCUCCCCUUCAGCCUAUUCCUCCAAGCAGUUCGUGAUCGUCUUAUAGACGAUAUUGCCGAAGCUUCCAAGCUUCACCCCCGUGGUCGUUCCGUCAGUCGUCUCAAGGGUGGCUUUCUUCUUGGGCCAAUACCUACAACCUCCGAAUGGGGUUCCGGGUGGGAAAACUAUGCAGGGAGCCGUCCCCUGAUAUCUUGCACCCUACAUCUCCACAUAUCUGUCCCGGCGCAUACACCUUGGUUGGCAAGACUUGUGGUUCAUCCAGUCAUGCGGCCGACAUAUUAUCUUCCGCUCGGCUUCUCCCUCCCGCUGCCGGCUGGUACUCCCAUCGUGUUGUUGCCCCAAGGAGUUCCCGCUUACUACCUGAGCACCUACAGCGGUCCCACUGCUGCCUUGACCACACAGUUCGAGGAAGCUCUAAGAGGCUUGGGGGCAGGCGACUGGAUGCGCGCUACGUCCCCUCAACAGGACGGACCGAGCUACAUCAUUGCUUGGCUUGCUGUGCAGAAUAAGCAGGGUGAGGACAAGGGCAUGCCUAUCAUCUGGCCAGCUACGUUAUGUGUGGCGUAUCAUUCGAGCUCACCUUCAGCGCACGCGCGCUCGACAUUGCCAUACAUUCCCGAACUGCCCUCUCAACUACAGGCGUCCCCACCACCACCCGCCGCCGCAGUACCAGCAUCGCUGUCGUUCGCAAUGGCGGCGCCUUCGCCUGCUGCCGACGGGUCUGUCAGCGCAACCACUUCCCAAGCGCCCUUGCCUUUGACAGACCGGGAAAAGCUCAUUUCCUCUGUAUCACGACGUCCUAGCCUUCUACGGUCUUCGCCUACAAGCGACUCUCUGCGGGCGUUCCGUACCCUAUCUCUCGCGAAGAAGCCAUAUGCUCGUGACAUCAAGAAGGUGGCGGGGGAAGUAGGUAGGUACGUCGACUCCGUCCUCAAGGAACGUGAGCGCGAGCGAGAGAGGAUCAAGCGAGAACGACAAGAGCAGGAAAUCGCCAUUGCUCGUGCCAAGCUUGCCAGCGCAAAUCCUCCACCGAAGGAAGAAACGCCCGUUCCUCCCGCCACAAAUACGCCCACCACUCCUGCGAUACCCGAGGAAGUGGCGGCUCCCGUUGCUGAGCCUGCUUCUCUCCCUAUGGACGUCGAAUCUACCGAUCCGGAAUCCUAUCCUACUGUCGAGUCCGACCAUUCCGGAGACUCCCUUUUCUCCCCUCCUGAUGCCCCCAUUGACCUCCCGUCGACCGACGAGGAGCCACAACCAGCAGCCGAACAACUUGCUCCAGUGGACAGCGACAUGCCUAAGGAGGAAGACGCUCCCGCACCUCUAUUGAAGACAGAAACAGACGCAGAACAACCGUCGAUGGGUUUCGACCCGUUCAAUGGCUUCGACAGCUCGUGGAAUCAAUCGAACGGAUACAUGGACCCUGUGUAUCCCGACAUGGACUUUAAUAUGUCCCUCGGUAGCCUCGGAGGUGGUCGCGCGACCGGCGUCGACGCGGAUAAUUAUGACAUGGAUGAUGGCUUCGGUGUUUUCACUGAGGAUGACUUCGAUUUUUUCGACGCCCCAUCAACUCAGCGUCCCGUCCCCUCUGCACUGGUGCCACCCUCUGCAGCCACGUCCGCAGCUGGUGCAGCGGUGACGAAUGGAAUGCCGUCCCUGGGCCUCGCUCCUUUGAUCACUUUGGAAGGGCCUUUGUCCGGACCUGGGCCCCCAUCGGCCAGCAUGGCUCAGUCAUCUCCAUGGGUCCCACAUCUUGGAGAGCCUUACAGCCCUCAGACUACAGCCGAAGUGCAUGGCUUAUCGGACGGCCUAGGGCCUCCUCCUGAGCUUCUUCCGCCGUCACCUACGAAGACACCAUCUUCACACUCGGCCCCAACCACACCUUCCGUCCAUCUCUCCGACACAUACAGGCCAAACAUGCUUGGUCCGCGCAUCUUCGACCCCAUUCCAUUCGCGUCCAGUCAUCGCGAAGCGGAUGGGAAGUACGCGAUUGGGAAGUUCGCCCUCCCUUCUCCCCCGGCCGAGGAUCGCGUCGAGCCAUUGCCGGCUGCUACUACCCUAUUGCCAGGAUGGAAGAUGAACUACAGCGCAGCUACGGACCCGAGGAUAGGUGUCGUCCGCAAGCUCAUCGGGGUCAAGCGCAAGAGCCUUAGCCAAGGUACUCGCGCGAACCGAAGGAUGUCCCUCUGGGAGUCCGAUCGGGAGCCAGAAGACUGGCAGAGUGGCUCCCCGCCUCCCGCUGGCCCAGACUCCGAAGAGUCCGAAGAUGAGCUCUGGGUGGAAGACGAAGAGAUGACGUCCGCUCCUCGACCGUCGACUCCCCCUCCGUCCUACCUUCCACUCGGCCACGGUCUUCUCAAGACGCAUUUUCACCAUUCCCACCUCCUGCCUAUGUGCACGCCACUACGGCCGCCUGGGAUGGCGGUCAACGCAGUGCCAGGCAACGCACCGCCGAUCUCCGUGCCGACGCCGGUCUCUCCUGCUGCUAUCCUUGGCGCCGCGUCGGAGAAGUCCAAGUCCUUGGAAGCCGCGGCACAGAUUCUGGUCAAGGAAGUCGUCGAGAAUCCCGUGUGGCAAGAGGCGUGGAGGGCUAAUGCGUCCCUCUCCCUGACGCCGCCCGUUCCGCCUGCCCAGAUAUGGCAGGCGGAUGCAAAAUACAUCAGCCAGCUCGUGGGCAACCAGUCGCCAGGCAGUGCCAUCGACUUGCAGGUACUGUUCGGCAGCGCUGCCAACCACUCGGAAGUGACUUUGAUGCCGUUAGAGAGUCCCUUGCUAGUGGUCGGAAAGGGCGAGUCAAUCAUACAGGUGUCUCCUACCUCACUGCGGUUUUGGGAGAAACUUGGGCUGUCCCCGCGUGCUGGACCCAAGGACGUAGUUGCGUUCGUGCUCUUCGAAGAGAAGAAAGACGAGGAUCGUGAGGCCGAGAUCGAGACCUGGCUGGCCAAGGUAUCAGCCGCAUAUUCCGCCAAGAACUUCGGCUCUCAUGCGGCUGGCAGCUCAAACGUAUUCAUAAAGCCGGGACUUGCACCCGUACGGUUCAACACGCUUCGCAAGACUAUAUGCAGCUUCGUUCAGGAGAUCACGACGCCUUACAGCCACCUCGUCCUCUACAUCGCCACCCCAUCGCACAUCAUCUCCUCUUCGUCUACGACGCUCCGUCAGAUUUUGAGUGCUGUGCGACGUUUCUACAAGCAGCAUCCACAGGGAGACAUACUCGUUCAGCUUGUCCCCGAGUCGCUGAUCUUCGGUACGCACAUUCACCCAGGAUCCAGCCUGGGCGGCUUGGACGCGUUCGUCUGCAGCGUCUAUGAUCGCCUUCUCCAGCCUGUGAAGCGUGCCAUGUCUCGCGAGCUCUUCAUUCGUGGACCGCCCGUCACGAGCUACUUGGAGGCACCGGCGUUCGCUCUUGUCCCUUAUGCAGCCGGAAAGGCUCGAAAUACCGCAGUCGUUCCCCGUAUAUCGUUCGCGCUCGAGUCAACUGCAUCAUCGCUCGAUGUGACGCAUCGGCAUAUGCUAUUGCACGUGGGUUACCAAGUCUCAGCGUGCGGGCGUUGGAUCAUCGCUGCAUGCAUCGAUGGGGAGGGAGAGGCGCAUGAUCUAAAGGUGUGGCUGACACCAGAUGAGAACGUGGAGCAGUUUGUGGUGGGCCAGAUAUGGUCGUUCGUUACCGACUUCGCGAGGCGAGCGAACAUUGAAUGGCGCAUUGUUGUGUCCAAGCUUGGCUUGAUAUCGCAAACCGAAGCCAACGCGUGGACAUCGCAUCUGGACUCCUCCAUGUCUUCCACCUCGUCUGCAGGACCGCCCCUUCAUGCCACGCUUCUUUCGGUCGAUAUCGACAACCCGUGGACUUUCAUUGCACCGGCUGAUGUCAACACCCUCGACGUCUUGAAGCGUAACCCAUCUGGUGGCUCUCAGAUUCUCGUGCCCAAGUCGUCUUCUCGACACAUGCAUACCAUAUUCUCUGACGCUACCUGCGCAACGUACUCCCUCUCACCGUCCACGGGAUACAUGUAUCCUGCCUAUUUGGCAGAUCGCCGAACGAACAGUCCGUCGCAUCUUAUCCCUGGUUCGUCUGAUUGCUCUUUCAUCCCCGACGUGGAGGACGAAGACAGCCCUUCAUCAAACCCAGGCUCCUCCACUGAUCCUCUCCGCGUACUGUCCUGGACCAUGGUUAUCUGCGCCCCUUCUUCAGCUGAUCACACAUCGGUCUCCACUAUGCGCAUAUUCCUACUCCAUGCCGCACACUCGUCGCGUUCCACCUACGGCGUGGGUAUAGCCGGAGAUACCGCACGGUCUAGGUCGCGGCAGCUUCCACCCGAGCACAUGUCGGACAUUGUGCGUAAUUUCCAUGAGCUUGCCGUACUCUCGCGAGCCAAAUGGAAGCUCCGAGCGGACCCCGUCUUGCCCUUCCACCUCGCGGCGUUGGAAGUCAUGCGUGCUGCGUUGGCUGGAGGGGCAGUCGAUUCCUGACUUACUCGAAGUCGGUCUGGCAUCCACACUUCUGAGUGGUGCACCUGCACCCCUGCCACUGCAGUCAUUCGGACAAAUCUGUAUGCGACCACGUUGGAGCGGAUCUAUUGUUCUUAUCAUAUCUCGACGUCUUUCUUGUACGACCUCUCACGACCUUCCUUCUUGCCCGCUUCUCCCUGAUCAGUCAUCAUGCUUCCUUGCUGGUUUCCUUGCUUUGAAGUGGAACAAUCGGCGCGUCUUGGAACUACGUCUUGCGCAUCACACGUUUCUUAUUUGUCAACACCAUACCAUAGGUAAUCGGACAGUCCACAUCAUACAUCGUAGUUCUACUGUACCUAUUUCCGUCUCUCAUGCAUGGUUAGAUCCCACAUACUUAGUCUGUAUAUUCGCAUCCCAAUCUCUGCAUUGUAUGUACUACAGUAGACGUUCUGUACUCCACCCCCGCCUGGUAGUUAUGUCAGAUAGUGUUGUCUAGCCGCCGGUCCGGUCGGACACGGCUUCAAGUCUCUCACCUGCGCAAGGCAUACUCGCACUGCCGAAGGGGGUCACCAUCCU